CUCUCUUUCUCUUCGUCCCGUAACUGGCCGUUCCCCUACCUCCCCUACCUCCCCCCCGUCUCUCCUGGCAGAAUGGCUAUUCACCAUUCCCUUCAAUUAUUGCUACUUCCGCUGGCCGGUAUCUGGGUCUCAUACGCUUCAGCACAGCAGCCGGAGCCAUCAGGCGCAGGCAUGAACGCGGACGCCUGCCCCAACUAUGCCGAAUACUCCAAGCACCCGCACCCUCCUCUAAGCGAAGGACCUCUCGCGCUGCCUUUCCAACGACCUGACGCCGUGUGCCGCACAUUCCGCUCCGACGAGAUCGAGAGAGUGAUUCGGGACGUCACGUCGCGCAUGAAGGAUCCCGACCUCGCCAGGCUAUUCGAGAACACCUUCCCCUCGACAACCGAUACCACCAUCAAAUUCCACACCGACGGCACCGACGCAGGGGCCGGGGCCGGGGCCGGGGCGGCGGCAGGGUUUCCAUUCCGCAGCAUCUACGGCGGGGACGAGGACGAGGACGAGGGCAUGUGGCAAGGCCCGCAGUCGUUCAUCGUCACGGGCGACAUCACGGCCGAAUGGCUGCGCGACUCGACGAACCAGCUGUCGCCGAUCCAGCCGCUGGCCAAGAAGGACCCGGCCAUCUACAAGCUGAUCCUCGGCGCCAUCAACACGCAGUCCGAGUACGUGAUCCAGUCGCCCUACUGCAACGCCUUCCAGCCCCCGCCGAUCAGCAACCUGCCGGUGAGCCACAACGGGCAGGACGACAGCGUGCACCCGGCCUACGAGCCGUCGUUCGUCUUCGAGUGCAAGUACGAGCUGGACUCGCUCGCGCACUUCCUCGCGCUGGCCAACGACCUGCACGCGCACACGGGCGGGUCGACCGAGUUUUUGCACGCGCGGUGGCUCAAGGCGCUCGACACGCUGCUGGGCGUGCUGGAACAGCAGUCGCAGUCGACGUUCGACCCGGACCCGGGCUCGGGCUCGGGCCGCUUCGUGCGCAACGAGUACACCUUCCAGCGGCCGGCGCGGACGGGCACGGAGACGCUCAACCUGGACGGCGUGGGGAACCCGCUCAACUGGGGCACGGGGUUGGUCCGGUCGGCGUUCCGGCCCAGCGACGACGCCACCAUCCUCGGCUUCUUCGUGCCCGCCAACGCCAUGAUGGCGGUCGAGCUGAACCGGACGGCGGCCGUGCUGGACGGCGCCGGGAAGGCAGCAGGGCUGGCGGACAAGCUGAGGGCGUGGAGCAGGACCAUCUCGGACGGCAUCUGGGAGCACGGCGUGGUGAAGCACCGCAAGUACGGCGACGUGUUCGCGUACGAGGUGGACGGCUACGGGUCGUCCGUCCUGAUGGACGAUGCCAACUACCCUUCCCUGUUGGCCCUGCCGCUGAUGGGGUUCGUCGAUGCCGGCAAUGAGGUGUACCAGAACACGAGGAGGAUGCUCCUCGAGAAGGAGGGCAACCCGUAUUACCUGACAGGACGGGAAUUCCGGGGCAUUGGAGGCCCUCACGUUGGUCUCCUCAACGCAUGGCCGAUGAGUUUGUUGAUUCAAGCGCAGACCUCGGAUGACGACGACGAGAUCAAGGAAUGCAUCGACCUGGUCCUGAACUCGGCCAAGCUGGGCUUGGUGCAUGAGAGUGUGAAUGUCAACCACUUGACGUCCUAUACCAGGAGUUGGUUUGCAUGGGCGAAUGGAGUAUUUGCCGCAACCAUCUUGGACAUGGCCAAGCGAAAGCCGCAUCUCAUCUUUACGGAACCAACCCCUUACGAGAUGUAAUGGAGAGGAUCAAGAGAAGACGAGGGGAAGGGGGGAGGAGGAGAAGAAAGAAGAAGGAGGCCUCCGUUGGCAAUACGGAUACCCGAAUAGCGUUCUCACGACAGCGAUGCAUGGAUAAAAGAAGCUGGUUUUUCAACCAUGUAUCAUGGAAGAAGAAGAAGAAAUGGAAAGAAAUGGAAAAAAAGGAGAAAAGAGAAAAGAAAAGAAAAAAGCCGCCGACGUAGGAUAGUGUGUUCGUAGUACUGGGAAUAAUUGGUCCAGUCUUGAAGUGAAGCCUUGAAGUCGCAGAUCAUGACGAUGGGUGGUGGUGGACUAACUCCAAGGUACCUAGGAAAAAGGUCACUUAUAAGUCACAAAAGUCUCUUAUACAAGUUACAAAAGCUUGUCUUAUAUCAUCACUCCAUUCAUGUUAUUCCCAAC